AUGUCUCUUGGUGGUGCUAUGGGUACAGUACCGGCGACUAUAUGCGGAACAUUCUUGUUUCUUUAUGGAAGGUCUGGCAAACUGGGUGAUAAUGAACAUCGUCUAGUAGCUUACGAGUGGACUAAGGGAGACUGCAAGGAACUCGGUAUUUAUACUUAUGGCGUUAAAAACCAUAUCCUUUGUUAUGCUGAGGGCACCGUUGUGCUGCCCCAUGGAAAGCUUGGAAAGGCAAUCAAUGGAUCCUCAUUUCUUAUUAAUCCUCCUUUAGUCAAGGUUCCUAACCUGUUCAUAAGGCAUUGCGGAUGCAAAGGGAACAAGGGUCCAGGAUGCGAGUGUUGUCAACCUUACAGCGAUGCCUACAAGUUUAGUGUUGAAGAUGUUGCUGCUAAUGGAUUCCGCAUCCUUCGUGAUACGGAGGAGGAGGUUGGUCCUGAUAUAUCAAAGAAUCAAUUGGCUGGAAAUCCUGAUGCACAAGGGGGAAAAAAAAGAAAACACCUCAGGGAAACAUCUCUAGACAUCAUCUGUAUAAGAGAGAGGGUGGUUCGAACAUAUGUUCAGAUGAGUGGAAUCCAAUGGAAGCAUUAUUGAAGAGUAACGAGGUUUCUGUAACAUUUAAGCAAGAAAUCAAGAAGAUGGCGAAAGUAAUGAAGGACCUUAAAGAGGAAAACACCAUCAUGAAGAGCAAUUGCGAUAAAUCAGAUAUCACCAUCAUCGAACUGACCAACGAGCGUGAACUCUUGAAGAAACAACUGGAGGAAACGAGAAAUCAGAAGGACAAACUGGAAUCGUUGUGUCAAUCACUCCAAGCAGAGAGUAAUGAACUCAGCUGUUUGGAGUGGUAUAAACUAGAUGUGGAUUCUAAGUGUUGAUGAUGUUAAAAUAUGCCAAUAAUUAAGGUUGUCCUAACAAAUUUUGUUGGCAGAGUUGAGUGAAUAGUUGGUGUUUCAGAACCGAGUUGCUAGAACUAUCUUUAUUAUGUUGCAAGAACUAUCUUUAUUUCAUAUUAAGGGCAUGUUUGAUAUUAGCUAAUACAUUGUAUUAGCUAAUUU